UCUUCACUACGAUUCCUCCAAACACUUAACAGACAAAAUCGGGAACCGUCGGCUGAUCUCCUGGUCUCCAUCAGAACAAGGAUAUAUUUUGUCCUCAGCGGGUCCUCUGUGGCAAACUGUAGUGAUGGGUAGUGGAGAAAAUCCCGGCAAACCGUGUCGUCUGCAAGAAAUCAGAAUAUGCACGCUCCGCACGGUCGAAAAUAAGUUUAGUUGUAGUUUGACACAAAUCGGGGAAAUAAGCUUUUCAUGCUAAAGGAAAUAACAUUUACAGGGAGGUAACUGAGUGUUUGUGACUUUCGGAUUCUACUUGCUUUUGUCCUGCUGACGGGACGCUGGGAGUACCUUACUGUUAUUAUGGGGAUCGAGUACCUUCUUCAUCCAGAGGAAAUAAUUUAACAAGAAAGAAAACAAUCAAAACAAAUGAGACCAAGAUCCAUCCGUGCCGUCAGUGUUACAACCAUCUGGAGUCUGAUGAGCAUCCGUACUUAUUCUUUGCUUUUUCUUUAAUCGGACUACCUUAUGUAUGAGAUGGAAAAACGGGGAAUCCACGGUGUCAUUUACUAUCUUGUGAUAAAUGCCCCGCUCUUGUUAUUCGUAAGCGCGACGUUUACUGAAAUUCCGAGGGAUGUAAAUGUCGGCGAAGGGGAGGAUAUUGAAAUGCCUUGUGCUUUUCGGACAACGGGAUCUACGCCGUUUUCACUGGAGAUCCAGUGGUGGUAUCUUAAGGAAGCGGCACCUAGAAAACUUGCACACGAAGUACAGAUGAGCGUCCCGGCCAGCCGAACCAAGAUUGCUACCAAGGAUGCUACAAAAAUAAGCACUGUGCGAGUCCAGGGAAAUGCCAUUUCCCACAGACUUCGUCUGUCUAAUGUGCGAAAGGUGGACGAGGGGAUGUACGAGUGCCGGGUGCUGGGAAACAACGCGGACGAGACUCAGGAACACAGAGCUCAAGCCACGUUGCACGUCACUCCACGUGAUGGUAUGGUUGCCGAGGAAGCCGUUUCCCACAUUCAGAACCGGUGGCCUCUGAGAAACAGCCACAAUGUGGCCAGUGGUCGGGCCACCUCUGGGCCAGGUCAGGGAAAAGUUUGGGUGCCUCUGCCAGCCGGACAUGGUCUGGCUUCAACCACCACAACAGCGGCAACCCCAUCAAAGAAAUCUUCAGCGUCACCACAGCCUGGCAAUGUGGCCAUACUCAGGCAGCAACAUGGGACCGCUUCUGGAGCCAUUAAAGCCACUGACCCAGCGCUGUGUGCUGCCCUGCUGAUGCUACACACCGUCCGCUUCCUCUGUGUUGCCUAGAGACAUCAAUCAAAUUGGAAUGCUUUAUAACCAUGACGACAAAAGGCAAAGGACUUAUACAAAUGGCAGUUAUGGAAAAGGCUUAAAAAACAAGGCCAUCAAUAGGAGAACAUUCUGCCUGGGACUUACAAAGACUCGUUUAAAAGAUACAAUGGAUACAAUGGACUGUAUAAAAAGCAUGAUAGCAAAACUUAAUGAAUCCAUAAAUGCGAGCUUUGAUCUUACAUAUAACAUACUCAAAGUGAUGCAUUAAUUCUCUCAGUAGCAUCUGUCCCGCUGAUUGCAUUGCAGCAAUUACCUUUUUACAUUUUUUUUAGAUAUAUACCUUUUGUUUUAUUGCAGAAUGUUGAGCAGUUAAACACUGUUACAUUCCAGUCAUCAUAGAUUGUAAAAGUUCUGUAAGAGAAAAACUAUACCUGUGUCAUUUCACACUUUUUUUUUUUAUACACGUCAACAAAUAUGACCUUAUAUAUUUUAAGUAACAAAGCACAUUGUGUCACAGCCUCCCAUGAUAUUUUAAUUUAAAAUAAUGGUGAUUCAGACAAGACAUUCAUUUUUAAAACAUCAUGUUCCCAGUACCAGACAUAUGUGUGUUAUUUGUGUUUUUUAAAUAAACACUUCCAAGUAC